AUGUCUACCAUCAAAGUCCACAUCAAAUCUUCUGGUGACAAGAAGUACGAGGUGUCUGUUGACACUUCUUCGUCCAUCGAAGACCUCAAGGUGAUCAUUUCGGCCGAGGCUGAUGUGCCUCCCGAGAGACAACGCUUGAUUUACAGUGGAAAGGUGUUGAAGGACUCUGAAACCGUGGCCUCCUACAAGAUUCAAGAUGGCCACACCAUCCACUUGGUUAAAAGUGCUGCUCCAAAGACUGAUGGAGCCGCUGCAAGCUCUGCAUCAACUACUACAUCUUCGGAAAGACCUGCCACUGCCUCUUCAGGAACCUCUGGCUCGGUGCCUUCCAACAUUGCCGCUGGACAAGGCUCGUUCAACCCAUUGGCAGACUUGACAGGCGCCAGGUAUGCGGGGUACACUCAGUUGCCUUCGGCGUCGAUGUUCGGUCCCGACGGAGGUAUGGGUGCUUUCCCAGACGCUGAUCAGGUCAACCUGAUGAUGUCCAGCCCGAUGUUUCAGGAACAGAUGAAUGCGUUGUUGCUGAACCCACAGAUGUUAGACUUUGUGAUCAACCAGAACCCACAGUUGCGUGCCAUGGGUCCGCAGGUGCGUGCCAUGCUUCAGUCACCAAUGUUUCGUGAUAUGCUUCUGAAUCCAGAGACCAUGCGUUCCAUGAUGCAAAUGAGCCGUGCUCAGGCUGGUGGUGCUGCUACUGAUGCUUUUCCUGCGCCAGGCCUGAACCCUACGCUAGGAGGAGACAGUGCUGGAGGUGCUGAUGCCUCAGCAGACUCUACCGGCACAGGAUCAGGAGCAGGAACCGGAAACCCUGCAGCAAACCCAUUUGCAUCGUUGUUCCCCAACGGAAUGCCUCCAAUGGACCCAUUUGCCAUGUUUGGCGGCGCUGGAGCUGCCGGAGCAGGCGGUGCAGCUGCACAGCAGGAUGACAGACCUCCAGAGGUUAGAUAUGAGAGCCAGUUGGGCCAGCUCAACGACAUGGGCUUUUUUGACUUUGAGCAGAACGUGGCUGCAUUGAGAAGAAGUGGUGGUAACGUACAGGGAGCCGUGGAGUUUUUGUUAUCCGGAAACUUUUAG